GCCCGGCGCGCGGCGGUGCUGCUGCCUUCCGAGAGAGCUGUCGCCGCCGUCCGUGGUGGAAAAAAAGCGCGCCGGUCCAGUCGCCGCUCGGACAUCGCUCAGCAGCGGCAGCAGCGUUCCGCCGACCAGCGUCACCCUCCAGCGGAGUGAGCAGCGAGAGCCCGCCGUGCUAUACCACGCGCUCUCUACGCCCUGCGAAACCCGUGCACACAUAUACAGCCACCCGGCCAGCCAAAGGCAGGCAACCAACCCUCAGAGGAGAAAUGCUCCCCACGGCGAUGCUUCUCCACGUGGCCCUCGCGACCUGCCUGGCGUCCGCUACGUUAGCGGCCGAGUCGGCCCCACUGCCGCCACCGCCUCCGCCGCCGGUGAGGCGGCCGAGCCCGUAUUCGGCGUUCCGCAGUAUCCGGCCUCCCGCGUGGUUCCGCGUGGAGCCCGCGCCCAGCCGCCGGGCCGAGAGCUUCGUCGAGGUGCCGAACCUGGAGUCUCCCGGCGGGGACUUCGUGGGACAUCCUCUGGACUAUGGCAGCAGCCUCAACUUCGGCGGCCCGCUUGCAACCACCGUGGGUAAAGUGAAGGUGCUGGACUACGCGAGACGAGUGAACGCCGAGGGCGGCAGCAGCAGCCGCUACGGCAAGCCGCUCAUCAAGCCGUACGAGAGCAUCUACGAGAGCAAGUCGCGGGGCGCCCAGAAAUACGCGAGCGCCGCAAAGAAGCAAAAGCAGCUGCCGCCGAGGCCCACUUCGCGGUCGCAUGGCGAGAGCAGUGAGAACGAGAUCGAAGGCUCGUCGGUAGGCGGCGGUGUCAAGGACGAAACGUUGCCGCCGAUGCAGCCUUCUUCCCUCGAGGACGACCAGCUGCCGCCCUUUGACUUCGCGACCUCCCGGAGCGGAGAGGAGUCCAGAGAGUCGCCUUUUCCUGAGGCCGGCGAGAUGGCGGGCUUCUUUUUCUGAUGACCGUAACGGUUGUCCUGCAGAGGAGGCCUUCUGGGCUUCCGUACACUUGUUGAUGUUUUCGCUCGUGUUAAAAAACAGAAAGUGAAAGCGAAAGGUGACUGGGUCCUUGUGUCGCGACGACAAAGCACUCUCUGUGACAAGGCUGAAGCGCUAGGCUUAUUGAGCGAGUUUUCUUUGACGUUCUAAGCUUCCGUGCAGCGAGUUGAACAGUCACCUACUCUUCGGCGUAUGAACGUUGCAAGGCGAUUAAGGUACAUGGGCUAAUUUGGGCAUGGUCUCUUGAGAACCAUAAGGCCUAGAAGCUGGAAACUGUUUCACGGUUCUGGUGGCUUGACAGUUCGUGAGCUAGAACGAUGGAUGGAUGGAUGCCGCGAGGCAGGCAACCAGCGAUGCCGAAUGCGUUCACAUCGGCGCUUAGCGAUUGAACCAUCGGCAUAAAUGUGUGGUAUAAUUGUCCUUCCGUCACGCGGGUGGCCUGACUCGAAGCCGUGGUGCGAAAUGGAAAGCUACGGUGAUGAAGACACCAGAGGCAGAACUACGACAUAGAAUGUGUUGUGCGGCUUAUAAGUAUAUAUGCCCGAUGGGAUUCUAAACCGUUAGCGAAGACGCGUGAAUGCAUUAGGAUGAGUAGCAGUCUAGUUUACUAUGUUUUGGAAUGUAGUAUAUAACACUACUCGUUUUGUAGCCGCGUAGCAGUAAGUAGCGUUGACGAAAUGUUUUCCGUAAGUGGCGGCUAAUAAUCCAGAAGUAGCUCAGGCUUAGGUGAAGAACGUUACGUUCGAUAGAUUGGAUGUAUAAGAAGUUGUUCUGAGAACACAAUUAAGAACGACCAAAUGAAAGUGUCUUCAUGACGCCUGCUGGUUUCGCUGAGUUCAGAACCGGUGCCUUCACCUUUCUUUGUUAGUUGCGAAGCCUUGGUCUCCUCGCUUACGAUUGAGGACGCAUUACUUAUGAUCGCACGUGCGUAUAGUACGCGUGUGGGCGGGCGCGUACGUGCCAAAAUGAUGUAGCAACAACCGUAGCGGAUUACCUUCGCGCGAUGCACGGCGUACCGUGUAGCAACCGAGCGCCUUGACGCCUUAGCGCUUGAAUAGGCGUCUAGAUUUGUUUGCUAGUAAAAACAAGAAUAAAAGAGGGGGUGAAGGGAAGAAUACUCACGCUUCAAUUUGUAGGCUGCGAACGAGACUCGUUGCUUCUUUCACAGGACGUGGACGCGAAUCCCAAUGACCGGCCGCCAGAACGGCGUUUACGCCCUACCUCCGCGAUUAACAUGCGAAAGACAUUGAGGACGAUGGAGACAGAAUACGCGAAUCCGCGGCAUACCUUGGGCACCCCGGGAGCAUCUCUUAAGACGCGCCGAUCUGUCAUACGGCGAGCAACAGAGGUCACGCAAGUGUAUAGAAAAGUUGCGACUCCGGCUAAUCGUUCGCGUGGUAUACUGUCGCCAGUUGCAAUGAUUCUGCGAUCCACCCAGACGUUAUAGGAUUGGCGUGAAGUUUACCUUGAUGCGCAAGGACGCGACAGAAAUUAUCGAUGGCAUGUCUUACUGCAAUCCUAAUCGGUUUACUGAGGUACCAUGACUACGCCAUUGUGGACUACUACUGCGGCAGGUCUCUCUCUCUCUCUCUUUUUCUUUACAGAGACGUGCGGCAGCGAAUAAAGGAUAUGUAUAUUGCGUGACUGGAAAACAAGCAAAACAGCGUCGACCUUGCAUAUCUUUCCUCUUUGUGCAAGUUGUGUUUUCUAACGCGGAUGAUGGCCGUGAGGCGUGCAGUAUCGACAAAUGUACAACAAGCGUGAGUUUCAAGUCUCUACACGCAUUCCUGUUAACUUCUUUAUAGCUCUUUUAACGUAACACAUGAAUCGAAAGCGCUGAAGCAUAAAAGAGACUUCUCAAUAAAAAUUUUUUAGAAAUGGUAUACAUUACGUUUUCCUUCAUCGGUGAAAGAAACUAGGGUACUCAUGACUCAAGUGAUCAUUAAACAUCUUGCUGCUUUGUGAAGCCAGUGCGCUCCGGUGCAGUAUGUACAGAUCCCGAUUAAGGAAUCACUUUUGGUUUACCCCUAAUAUAACUGUGUGUCUUUCAUGCACGAUACCUUAUGCCGCAAAGGUGCCUAUCGUUAUGAUGUAGGGUAAUAUAUCGCAAAGUGUUAAAACGCUAUCAUCCUGUACGUCUAAAAAAAGCACGAGUCGCAGGCUCGGUUUGCGUAUGUCUAUUAAGGUACUCGAGUUUUUCUCUGUUCACUCCUAAUACAAGCAAAACACAUUGAAGAGACUUUUCCUGCGUGAUUCUGGACGUUUCAGGAUUUACGGAGUUCGUGUUGACCCAGAUAUUUUGGCGUGGAAUAAAGUCGGGCCGCGAUAUUGUGUAGAGGCUUCCGUCUUGUCUUCCUACAAGUAGACCCAAGCUUGAAGCAACUUGAAGUUGUCUGUGCAUCUAUUGUAUAUACGUUACCAUCAUAUUUUUAUGUGUUCUAUCUGUUCCUUGUGAUGUACGUCAGCAGUUCCAAUUGGAAACAUCCUUACUGACACGGACGUUAAGUGACACGAAAGCUGUUUUUAUGUUUACGCGCUUGCUGUACGCUGUUGAAGAACCCACGUAAAUUUUAUCAGGGUCAUUCGCAGCGCUGUUUGUUGUGUAGUGAGACAUUAUAUACCGCAUUUUGGCUUACAUUCUAAGAAAAGUGUGAGCCCUGUGCGUGAUACUGCUGUAUGGCUGACCAUAUAAAUGAAAUAAAAUUUUGUUUUUCCC